CCCACUACCGCACUAUCACACCAAGCAACAUGGCAAUGGAAUCGAUGACCUUGCUGCUGCUGCUAUCGGCCUCCAUGUCCAUCUCGACACUCGUGGCCGGAGAAGCCAAGGACGAGGCCGCGCUGCUAGCCUUCAAGGCCGCCGCAGUCAGCGGCAGCCCUGGCAAUCCGCUUGCUUCCUGGAACAGUAGCAGCACUGGCGGGUUCUGCAGCUGGGACGGGGUGACGUGUGGAGGCAGGCACCGGCGAGUGGUAGCACUAAGCCUGUCGUCCCACGGGCUCACCGGCAUCCUCUCGCCGGCCGUUGGCAACCUAUCAUUCCUAAGAGUUCUCAAUUUGGGCUUCAACGGGUUCAGCGGGGAUAUCCCCGCGAGCCUCGGACGCCUACGCCGACUCCAGGCCCUCAAUUUGAGCUACAACAUCUUCUCCGGUGAGCUCCCCGCCAACCUGACUUCAUGGACUAGUUUAAGGAUCAUGGCCCUCGCGUCCAACCAUCUCCGCGGGUGCCUGCCCCCUGAGCUCGGCGACAAGCUAACGCGCCUGGAGACGCUCUUACUGUGGGGCAACAACCUCACCGGCACCAUUCCGGUGUCGCUGGCCAACUUGUCAUCACUGAGUGACCUAGAACUCGGGUACAACCAGCUCGAGGGCGCCAUCCCUCCUGGCCUCGACAGCAUCCUAGGCCUCCAAUUCCUCGACUUCGCCUUUAACAGGCUCUCCAGCAAGCCCCCUGUCUCACUAUACAACUUGUCUUCUUUGGAAUGGUUACAAAUUCAAGGCAACAUGCUACAUGGAAGCAUUCCAGCAGACAUCGGAAGCAGGUUCCCCAGCAUGCAGAUACUUAGUUUCAGUCACAACAAGUUCACCGGAACCAUCCCUUCUUCGCUCUCCAACCUCACUACUCUUCAACGACUCGACAUCUCUAAAAACAAGUUCAGUGGAUAUGUGCCUGGCACACUUGGUAGAUUACGAGACCUACAAGUUCUACUCUUGUGGGACAACUUGCUAGAAGCAGACGACCGGGAGGGGUGGGAAUUCAUCACUUCACUGUCAAACUGCAGCCAGCUCCAAACUUUAGACAUCGGUGCCAACGCCGGUUUCACUGGGCAGCUGCCAAGUUCAACAGUGAAUCUCUCAUCAACCCUACAGUACCUCAACUUGCAUGACACUGGGAUCACGGGAAGCAUCCCCUCGGCCAUUAGUAAUCUGGUCAGCCUCAACUUCCUGGAUGCGGGGGAUACUUCCAUAACCGGAGUGAUUCCAGAGAGCAUCAGCAAGCUGGGAAAUUUGGCUAUGCUUGUUUUGUACAACACUUGCUUGUCGGGCUUCAUACCUUCAUCCAUCGGAAAUCUCUCAAACUUGAAUUACCUUGAUACACACAUUGGCAACCUGGAGGGACCAAUUCCAGCAACCAUAGGGAAGCUAAAGAAUCUGUUCUACCUUGAUUUGUCAAAGAACCGCCUGAGCGGUCCAAUUCCUAAAGACAUUUUCAAACUACGAGUCCUUUCAAGAAUCUUAGACUUAUCAUACAAUGCACUAUCGGGACCCCUUCCAUCUGAAGUUGGUAGCUUGCAGAACCUUAAUCAACUAUUACUAUCAGGGAACCAAUUGUCUGGUGAGAUACCUGAUAGUAUUGGAGAGUGCACCGUGCUGCAAGCACUUUGGUUGGAUAAUAACUCAUUCGAAGGAAGCAUACCUCAAUCUCUGAACAAUAUAAAGGGUUUGAGUGCACUCAACCUAUCCAUGAAUAGGUUGUCUGGUACAAUUCCUGAUACUAUUGGUAGUAUCCGCAACCUGCAACAAUUGUAUCUGGCACACAACUAUUUGUCCGGGCCGAUACCAACGAUACUGCAGAAUUUGACAUCACUAUCAGAAUUGGAUCUGUCCUUCAACAAUCUGCAAGGGGAAGUGCCAAAAGAGGGAAUAUUCAGAAAUUUGGCUAACUUUUCAAUCACCGGAAAUAAUGAGCUUUGUGGUGGAAUACCUCAGCUUCAUUUAGCUCCAUGCCACAUGAAUUCCGUGAAAAAGAACAGAAAAGGGCAGUUAAAGUCUCUUACAGUAGCUCUGGCAACAAUUGGUGCACUCUUGUUCUUAGCUUUUGUAAUUGUUCUCAUUCAGUUGAACUAUAAGAAACUUAAACGAAGGCAGAAGAGCUCAUUCCAACCACCUGAGGAACAAUAUGAAAGAGUUUCUUAUAAUGCAUUAGCAAAUGGAACCAAUGGAUUUUCAGAAGCUAAUUUGCUUGGUGAAGGAAGCUUUGGGGCAGUAUAUAAAUGCACUAUGAAAGAUGAGGGAACUAUUGCUGCUGUGAAGGUUUUUAACCUUGAACAAGCUGGAUCUGCUAGAAGUUUUGUGGCUGAAUGCGAGGCACUGAGAAGGGUACGUCACCGUUGUCUCAUAAAGAUCAUCACAUGCUGCUCAAGCAUCAAUCACCAAGGUCAAGAGUUCAAGGCACUAGUUUUUGAGUUCAUGCCAAAUGGUAGCUUAAAUGAUUGGCUUCAUCCAAAAUUUGACAAGCCCACUCUGAGUAAUACUCUAAGCCUAGCACAACGGCUAGAUAUUGCUAUCGAUGUCAUGGAUGCUUUGGACUAUCUUCAUAACCACUGUCAGCCACCAAUAAUUCAUUGUGAUCUCAAACCAAGCAACAUCCUUCUUGCAGAAGACAUGAGUGCCCGAGUGGGAGACUUUGGCAUAUCAAGAAUCCUUCAAGAAUCUGCACGUAAACCCCUUCAAAAUUCGAAUAGCACAAUUGGAAUCAGAGGCUCCAUUGGUUAUGUUGCUCCAGAGUAUGGUGAAGUUUGUUCCAUCUCAACUCUUGGCGAUGUUUAUAGCCUUGGCAUAUUGCUGCUUGAGAUGUUUACAGGAAGGAGCCCAACUGAUGAUAUGUUUGGAGGCUCAUUGGAUCUGCACAAAUUUUCAGAGGAUGCUCUUCCUGAGAGAAUCUGGGAGAUAGUUGAUUCGACAAUGUGGCUGCACACAGACACCAAUGACAGCACUACACGAAGUAGAAUUCAGGAUUGCUUGGUUUCUGUCGUUGCACUUGGAAUAUGCUGUUCGAAGAAACAACCUAGAGAGCGGACACCUAUACAGGAUGCAGCCAUUGAAAUGCAUGCUAUCAGAGAUUCAUACCUCAAGUUUGCCAAAUCUCAUGUGGUGGAGAAUGGGGUAGCAGUACUCCAGUGACUUGUAACAACAGUGAAUAAGUGGACCUGAAAAUGGGCAAAAUGGAUGCAGGUGGUCACUUACCUGAAUAACUUAAGAUGUAUACGAUACUUCAACUCUCUCUUUCUUUCCCUAACAAUCUGCAUUUGUUUACAUCAAAUAUAUGCAAGUAUAAAGGAUGUUUAGUAAAUAUCUCAACCUGAUAAAAUCAAGAGUUUUACUAGUUGUUAGCAUGACUCUUUCUUUUGUACAGAAUUAUGUAAGAUGUAUGAGUCAAAAUACAGCCACUCCUCUGCUAAAUUCAAAUGGCAUGAUUGGAAUAAGAGACCCCGUUGGUUAUGUCACUUCAAUAAUUGAAAUUCUUGUGUUGUUUCCCUGUAGUUUGCUCCAUGAUACAGAUGAACUUCCUGAUGGAUUAUGUUUGCACAUUUUGUAGAGUAUGGGGAAGGCUCUGAGGUCUCAAAGACUGGUGAUGUAUAUAGUCUCGUCAUAUUAUUGCUUGAGAUGUUCACAUGAAGCCUGACGGAUGACAUGCUCAGACUUCAGAGACUCACUGGAUCCGUGUAAAUACGCAGCGAUGCGCUUUGGCAAAGAACCUAGAAUAUUGCUGAUUUGACAACCUGGCUCCAUGUAGAGUCCAAGAAUAUAAUAAUGAAGAGUAGAAUCAAGGAUUUUUUUUUUGCUGGUUUCUGUCUUUAUGCUUGCCAUAUCCUGCUCAAAGCAAUAUCCAAGGGACUGAAGGACGAUGAGAGAUGCACAAAAUUAGAGAGUCGUACGUCAUGUUUUCGUAUUAGCUCGAAAAGAUACCAAUUGCAAUCAUUUGCAAGAGCAAUGAUCACAGCUGAAGGUAGGAUAGGAUAUGUUGAAGGUGUAUGUAAUUACCUGAAAUAAUUGAAGCGAUAUAUGCUGCCUGAGCUAA